UUGCGGUCAGCGCCAUGUUGUACGGCGUUACGUGCGUCGUGUUUCUGCUGGGCAUAUGGGACGCUACCACCACGAUCGAAGCGAAACGAUCGUUCAUCAACCCGUACCCACGGUUUAAGGCCGUCCCAAACGCACCCAACGAAGACGUUGGGGAACCGCUCUUUCUGACACCGUUCAUUGCGAACCAAUCGCUGGCAGCAGGCCGAGACGCCGCCCGUGUCAAGCAUUCCGCCAUUCCAGCCGACAUCGACAGCUACGCGGGCUAUCUAACGGUGGAUGAAGUAACGAACUCGAACCUCUUCUUCUGGUACUUUGCGGCCAAAUUGGACCGACAGGCACCGGUUGUCCUGUGGCUUCAGGGUGGCCCCGGCGCAUCAUCCCUGUACGGACUGUUUACGGAAAAUGGGCCCUUCUCGGUGCAGAAUAACAUGCAUCUAAAGCCGCGCAAAUACAGCUGGCACCUGAACCAUCAUCUCAUCUACAUCGAUAACCCGGUCGGGACGGGGUUCAGCUUUACCGAUAAGGAGGAGGGUUACUCGACGAACGAGACGCACGUCGGUGCCAAUCUACACAACGCUCUGCAGCAAUUUUUCACCCUCUUUCCCGAUCUGCAGCAGUUGCCCUUCUUUGUGACGGGUGAAUCGUACGCGGGCAAGUAUGUACCGGCUGUAGCACAUACGAUCCACCGGAACAAUGCCGAUGCGAAGGUCAAGCUUAACCUGAAGGGUUUGGCCAUCGGGAAUGGACUGUGCGAUCCGUUUCAUCAACUCGUGUACGGAGACUAUUUGUACCAGCUCGGGCUGAUCGAUGGCAACACUCGGGACCAGUUCCAUCAGUACGAGGCAAAGGGCCGGGAUUGCAUCAGCAAAAAAGACUUCCAGUGUGCGUUCAAUGUGUUCGAUGAGCUGAUCAACGGUGAUCAAUAUCCGAGCGGAUCGUUGUUUAAGAAUGCUUCCGGCUUCACGACGUACUUUAACUAUCUGGAAACGGUUCCGGAUCCAGCGGAUGAGUAUAUGGGCAAAUUUUUGCAGCUGCCGGAAACACGGCGUGCGAUACACGUGGGCAACAACUCGUUCCACGAUCUCGAGGGAGAGAACAAGGUCGAGGAUCAUCUGAAGUUGGACGUGAUGCAGUCGGUAAUGCCGUAUCUGAACGAGCUGCUCCACUCGUACCGGGUGGUCAUUUACAACGGUCAGCUGGACAUUAUCGUAGCAUACCCGCUCACCAUGAACUACGUGACAAAGCUCAACUUUCCCGGGAUGGACGAGUACAAGAAGGCACCACGACACAUCUGGCGUGUGGAUGGCGAGAUUGCCGGGUACGCGAAGGAGGCCGGCAAUCUGGUGGAGGUGUUGGUAAGGAACGCGGGCCACAUGGUGCCAAAGGAUCGUCCGAAAUGGGCACUCGAUAUGGUAAUGCGUCUGACGCACGGCAAGAAGUUUGGAAGGCCGCGUUUUUGAAGCAAGAAUUUUAAAGUGAAAAAUGGUUAAUAAAAGCAAUAC